UCAUAUUUCUAGACGUCGUAGUUGCCCAGUGUUCUUGAUACUGCGUACAGGGACCGCUGCCGCUGCUUACGACCAUGUACAACAGAUCAGAAUUAAAUGGCCGACGUGCCAGUCGGUUGAGCGAACGGCACCGCCGAAUAUUUAAUUAUAAAGCAGGGGAAAACCGGCCACCUUAAUCUCUUGAACAUAUUCUAUAGAUGUUGCGUCAAAUAAUAUACAUAUCAUCAUGACAACUAGCAGUGAAGAUGUUUUACUCCAGAUUGGAUCUGUAAAAUACAAGAAAGGAGAUGGUACCUUAUAUAUAAUGAAUGAACGCAUAGCAUGGAUGGCAGAGAACAGAGAUACUGUCACUGUUUCUCACAGAUAUGCAGAUAUUAAAAUGCAAAAAAUAUCACCCGAGGGAAAACCCAAAAUACAAUUACAAUUAGUAUUAAAUGAUGGAUCUAGCUCUACCUUCCAUUUUGUGAAUCGAGAAGGUACACAAGCACAACUGAAUGAUAGGGAACGUGUUAAAGAUCGUCUUUUUCAACUUUUACCUAAUUUUAGAAAAAAAGUUAAUAAAGAACUGGAGGAAAAGAAUAGGCUACUAUCUGAGCAUCCAGUUUUAUUACAACUAUAUAAGGAUUUAGUGAUACCUCAAGUGCUUUCUAGUGAAGAAUUUUGGACUAUGCAUGCAGCACAAUAUACCAAAGAUCGUGAUACGGUGAAACAAGAUAUAGGUGUUUCUGGUGCUUUCUUAGCAGAUAUAAAGCCCCAAACAGAUGGCUGCAACGGAUUAAAGUAUAAUUUAACAUCUGAUGUGAUAGCAUGUGUAUUUAAAACAUUUCCUGCUGUCAAGAAAAAACAUAUGGAAAAUGUGCCUUCAAAGAUGUCUGAGAGUGAAUUUUGGACCAAGUUUUUUCAAAGUCAUUAUUUUCAUCGAGAUCGAUUGAUGUCCGGGACCAAAGAUAUUUUUACAGAAUGUGGGAAAAUUGAUGAUAAUGCUCAAAAGCAGGCAAUUAGUGCAUGCAGGGAUCCCUUGUUGCAAUUAUCUCAAUUUGAAGACAAAACCCUUGAAGAAGGAUUUGGUGGCAUUACCACAGGUGCUGAACUCGAAGGAAGCAAAAGAGAAACAGGAAAUAUUGUUCAUCAGAAUAUGAUACAUAGGUUUAAUCUUCAUUCUACCAUGGUGUUAAAUUCAAGCAAGGAACAAGAUGAAUCUGUUAAUAAUAAUCAAGUCAAUGGUACAGCAAAAACGUCUUUACCUAUGACCAAUGGUAACGGUCCUCUUGGAAAUAAUACAGGCCUAAAACAUUCAAAUACAAAUUGUGAUAAUAGUGAACCAAGUAAUAAGAAAGCUCGAAUUAUAGAAAAAAUUACAUAUGAUGAUCUCUCUAAAGAUCCUGAUGAAAAUAAAAGGACUGCCACACUGAAUCUCACAAAAGUUGACCGAUAUUUACAUGGACCAGUACCUUUAAAUCCGUCUGACACAGCAGGCUGUGCAUCAACUUCCUCAGGUGCAUCACUGGACGUUGAAAGUUCAUCUGAUGUUACACAACAAUUGCAACAGCAGUGUAGUACCUGGAGCUCUAGAUUGCCUCAAAGAAUGCUGGUUAAUCCAACAGCAGCAGUCAGUGCUCUAGGGGAAUUAAGUCCGGGUGGAGCUCUCAUGAGAGGGUUUCAGGAGCAAAGUCUUGCUCAAUUAGUGCCUCCAGAUUUAGAAAAAGAAAUUCGUCAAUUAUAUUUAUCUGCCAGUGAAUUACUAAAACAUUUUUGGAAGUCAUUUCCACCUACCACACCACAAUUAGAAGCUAAGGCUCUUCGAAUGCAUGAAGCAUUAGACAGAUUUAGAAUGGCUAGACUGAAACCAUUUGAGGAUAAAGUGCACAGAGAACUUUCACCCUUAGGCAAAGUGUUAACAAGACACUUAAAUACAAUGCUAAUGGCUGCCUCAAGAAAACUUAUGGCAUGGCAAGAAAGAAAACAUCGGCAGAUGCAGCGGUAGUCUUAAUUACUUAAAUCCAAUAUGUAAUGGAACCAAUUUUUGUAAUUUGCCUAGUAAUUUUGCUGUUUAGAAAUUUGAAAUAAUUGUUGAGAAUAUUUUUUGUUGUCGAAUAUAGUUCCUAUUGUUCAUGUUCAUUAUUUAGUUGUUUUCAACUGUUAAGUAUUUUUUACUUUCAAUUUCAUAUGAAAUUGUGGCCUUAUGUUAUGCAAGUUGCAUUUCCAGAAAUAUAAAUUAUGUGAUCUUUUUUUUACAUCAACUAGUGUUAAAGAUACAUAUAAUUGUGAGUCGUAUUUAUUUUUCACUAUUGUGAAUUAAAAUGUGAUAGUCGUCUGCAGUCAUCAUCAUAUUAAAAAAUAAAAACAUGAAUGUCUUAAUU